UUGCAAUAAAAUCCAUUUUCCUUUAAGCUUCUUAAAUCAUAUCUUGAGAUUGAGAUUGGAGUCAUGUUUCUAGGUGAUAUCAGUGGGAUGCAGUAUCUGGCUCCUGAAAAUCCAAUUCCAAAUCCUGCAGAUUUUGGCGUGUUGCAAAAUACCAUACCAAAUCUUCACCUCAACAUGCUACUAACAAGCUUACCAAAUUCUCUUAUUCCCCCACUUCCAGGCCAUGAAUUCACUUCACAGGCCUCAAGCCUCAGCAAUAACUCAUCAACUUCUGAUGAAGCUGAGGAGCAACAACUCCGAAUCAUCGAUGAAAGGAAGCAGCGACGAAUGAUUUCCAACAGAGAAUCCGCUCGGAGGUCAAGGAUGCGUAAACAGAAGCACCUAGAUGAGCUAUGGGCUCAGGUGGUUCGACUUCGAACUGAAAAUCACAAUCUCAUAGACAGGUUGAAUUAUGUAUCAGAGUGCCAUGAACGUGUGCUGCAAGAAAAUGCUAGGCUCAAGGAUGAAGCCUCUGAUCUUCGCCAAAUGCUGAGUGAACUGCAAAUUGGGAGCCCUUACACUAAUGCUGCUUUGAGAGAUCUUGAAGAUCAGGUCCCCUGUAACACAGCUCAUCUGAGAGCUGAGUCCACAAACCAAUCCCAUGCAACUUCAGUAGAUUUGCUUCAUUGAUGAGGCUAGUUUCAUAAUAACUAUCUACUCUUUUUAUGUUGUUGUUUGCUAUGGUUGUUAAUUAGGCUUUUGCCUCUCUUUGAUAUGUAUGAGAUUGGAAGCAGACCAUGCAAUAACAGCUUUAAAGUUUAAUUCCAA